AUGCGCAUUUACAGGCCGACCUGCACCGAGUUCGACCGCAUUCAAACGCAAUGCUCUUGGACGAUACUCGCUGAUUCGGUAGAAGUAUCGUACAAUGUUCGCACCAUCAUAUCGUCAAAUAUAUUUGGAGUAUCUGUGAGAGUACUCGAAUGGAUAGAUCCAAAUUAUACCUAUCAUUUACUACCCGAGUGGGCCGACCUCGACGAUUGCGACGAAGGAAAAAUAUGGUUUUCGCCAAUGCGCAUCAUCACCUUCGUGCCGAUUAUCUCAAUCUUUUUGAAUUUUGACUCCACCAACGGGACCUCAUUUCUCGAAGCGUAUCAUGGCGGAGAUCCGGGAAAUAGCCAGAUAAAUGCCAUCGCCACCUUUAACGCGAACGUACGGCAGAUGGGGCUCUUCAGCUUCUCCUCGGCCACCACGCUCGUCAAUCGGAACUCCCGUGGGCUGCUGGGGACUGUGGUCGGUUACAAUCAAGUAGAGCUGGUGUCGAAUACCUUUGUGCCGCUGCAAUACACGCAAACUUACCUCAACAGCUGGAAGUAUCCAUGGGUUUUUGAAGAGGAUCAGGUCCUAUUUCCUGAAACCACGAUGAAGCUUGGCCGUCUUGAUGCCAAUCCAACCAAGAUCAAAUUUUCGCGACAAACUGGAUACAACGGGACUGGAGGAUUCAAAGUCGCGAUCGAACCGCAGUCAGCUUAUACAAGCGACACGUUUGCAAUGGACAUUACCACCGUCGCUCCGAACUACAUGUUCAACAUCGUCGAUCUUUUAAGCACACAAACACGUUUUCUUGCCGUGUUUCCCAAGAUUGACGUGCAGGCGAACGUGGCACUAACGGUAUGCAGCCUGGAUGACGAUAGCACACCGACACAGCACAUGGCUGGCUUUGUCAAUUGUGUAUCCAGCGCCAACUUGACCACGCGAGUGCUCAACUGCUGCACGAGAAUCGAGCCAGUGUCGAAUGGCAGUUCAAUCCUGAUGGACGUCUACAACUUUACGUACUAUAACGCGCAACCGUCCGUGGUAUUUUCGGUCGAGCUGGCAAAGAACAAUAAAGCGUUGGUGCUCAGCAUGCCCUUCGACGCCUUCACGGAUGAUGCUUUGGCCGUUAGGGUCCCGAGCUCGGAGAAAACGGUUUUCUUCGUCGUCUGUCUGGCCAGUCACCACUUUCGCAAACGAGCCGACGAGAUCGAGACGGGCGUCGCGGUGUUGACAGCGAUUUUUUGGCCACACAGUUUGUUCGAUUGCGAAUACCGUUUGUACACGGGGAUGGUAACUGCAGAAAACACUUCCAGGCCGCUGACGAUAUUUAGAAAUGCCGACAUCUUCUACCCUAUUUGGCUUUUUGCCGGGACUUAUACGUUGGAGAUCCCGGCCGGUUGCAUGCCUACGAUAUCUUUAGGAACCCAGCAAGUCGAAUCCGUCGAGAAUAUAAUAUCCACCGACUGCAUCGGUAGUCGAUUGAUCGUUUCACCAAAUUUUAAUAUGAUGCCGAUUAAUGCCUACAGCGGAGUGGCGGAAAACAUUACAUGGAUAUGUACUUCUGUCGACAUCAGCCUCGAGUUAAUCAGUUUGAUAUAUGGAUCGCUCGAUAUCUACUUUUAUCAUCUAGAUGGCAGCACUGAAAUGCGUUCAUACAACCUUUCGCAACCGACCGCUCGAUUCAAAGCGACAGAAAUCACAAUGCUAACUGUAUUUUACGGUGAAACCGGAGAGGCUCUCCCCUUCGUUGGAGACAACUUCACGUCGGUGCUUUCAGUGCGACCGUGCAUGGGCAACAAGACUUCUCGUGGCGAGAGGGCGUCGAAUCACGUCGCGUUUAGCGUAGAUGGGGACUCGGUUGGACCUAGAAACGGACCAGGACCGGUUCCGAAUAUUGUAAUUACACAACCGACACCGAUCGAUGAACAACGCGCCUUCCUCGCAGCCCCAUCACCGCGAGCACCACCCAGCAGCCCGGCGCGCAGCCCCACGCGUAGCCCGGUCCCGCAGCGCAGAAAUCGCAACGGCACCGUGAACCGUGCUCACGAUGAGCAACACGAAACGCGGAUAAUGGCGGGUACGCCUCCGCCCGAACAUCCACCUCCUCCGCCUCCGCAUCCGCCCCCGGAAAUUGAUGAAGCCCAGGCGACGGUUAGGCAGAUUUUGGAGAGGCUGCAGGGCCCAUUCCCACCAGCCGUAACUCCCCGACAAAACGUGCCGACGAUCAAGCAGAAGCCAGUCGUUUACUCUAGGCCACAGAUACCAAAAAUCGCUCCUCCUACUACCAAUUUUACCACUACUAAAGAAAAGCUGAAGGAUGAGCCAAUUUACAAGAAUACUCGAAAAUCAUCGCAAGGCUCGAUGCAGUCGGUAUCGACAAAGUACUCCCACGACAGCUACCCGAUCUACAAUCCGGUGCAGGAUUUCGGCUUUUCCGGCGGCAAACCGGUCCAGACCGGAGGAUUCCCGAUCGAGACGAAUCGAAUAAAUAUUGGAUUUUGUGGGCGAUUGGGGUCAGGAAAGUCUCACCUGAUCAAUGCUCUACGCGGAAUUGACAACGGGGCGCCAAAUAGCGCGGGGAGAUAUGUGUGCGACAAGAUGGAGCCGUUCAGAUUUGUUGAAGUGGAGCUGCAACAUAUUGUCAUUUGGGAAAUACCGUAUCCCAGGAGUUUUACAGCUGUGGUGGAUGUGUACGACCAGAAUAUGGGAUUUGAGCGAUUUUAUGACGCUCAUCAACUCCAAGUCUUCAAACAUCUCUUCGUCCUGAUCCCCGACGGAGCCCUCCAUGAUGAUGAUAUCGCAUUUUCUAGGGUUUUACACUCUAGGAGAACCCCAAUGACGAUAUUAUCAACAAAAAGUGACGACGAUUUGGACGCAGAAUCACGAGAAAACCGACAAAAUGUUGGGCCUGCCCUGACCAAGUGCCAGAAGGCGCCAAUGCUCUUGGGGGCACCACUACUUUUCGUUAGUGCGCCAGUCGUUAGGAAUUUGUUGUCGAACACUAUCGGCUUUCUUCAUUAUAAAUUGGAUGAAGACGAGCUGUUGAAGAUUAUCGGGCUGGCCCCGAACUGUCAUUUGGCAUUGGAGAAUAGGAAUCGAAGAGAGAAAAUGGAGCGUGACAAUCAAAGCACAUACUCGAGGUCCAAGGACUCAAAGGGAUCACGAGAUAAUUUGGAUAGUGAUACUGUUAUUAUGAAGAACGUUCCUCGACUUCAAAAACCUCGAACUUUACCGCAACUACUGAAACAAGAUACCGUGCUGGCCGAUUCUGGAUUCGAAAUCCUUUUUGCGACUGAUGACCGGCCGGUCGGGAAUUAUACGCCGAAGUCUGUUAUAGAGAGCGCGGCUAGGACCGUGUUCAACUACGGAUUCAUUGGUGGGUAUCGGGUCGGAAAAUCGGCCAUGAUAAACGCGAUGCGGGGAUUAAGCAGCAAGCAUCCGUUUGCCGCUGGAAGGGAGAAAACCAAGCCCGGAGCCUGUGAAAAAUACGAAUUUUCCGAUGACCUUCUGAAAUACGGAGUGACGUUGUGGGAGCUGCACUACCCCAAGAAAAUUAAUGGAUACUUCGAAUUCAUCGACUUCCACAAUCUAUCUAGCUUCACCGCAAUUUUCAUCUUGACCGAUGGUACGCCGAGCGAUGAGGAUCUCAGUUUUGCCAAAAUAGCGCACCGUCGCAACGCUACCGUCGUUUUCCUAUCUUCAAAAACUGACAAAAGACUAACGACAAAGUCAAGGGCCGAUGAAAUUCCGGUGUGCGAUAUUCUGAAGCAAAGAUACGUCGAUAAGGGGCUUGCUCGUUUCGACGCAGCACUUGCGAACGCGGCACCGGAACUUUGCGGAAGAGUUCACUGCUUCUUCGUAUCGGCGCCUGUUUUUCGAUCUUUGCGCUGUAACGAUCGAAAAUUUGUGCACUUUUUGGUGCACGAGAGGGCUGUGUUUGAUUUUUUAAAACAGAAACGCAUAAUCUCCGAGAUGCUCGAAUCUCCGAUGCAACACCAACACACCCCCGGCUCCCCACCCGAUAUAAACGCCGAGGUGGCCGGCGUCGUCCAGCUGGCUGAUGUUUAUGCCAAUGCCCGGGAG